UGAGCGACCUGCCAUGUCAUCAAAACUCACGUGACCAACAUGUCCACGUCCCGACCAAACAAAUUAGCUACCUUCCGGUGAUAUCAGUAGUCCCAUCUCCCAUGGCUGCGUCUCUCAGGGUCGGAAUAAAUGAAAUAUAGUAGCGGUCUGGCGCUCUGCCAUGGAGUUGCUGUUAAAUGCUCCGCUAUCUAAGCUUCCUCCUUUGCCUAAAAUCUGUGCGACGAAGCGCAAGCCCCUUGGUGCUCGGCUUCCCUCUUGCUUGGGGGUGGAAAGACAUGAUGACAUGGAUGUCCAUAAGGAUCUUCCGCAGUCUAUGGAUCAUGAACCAAAAGAGAAGCAGAAUGAUAUAUGGCAACUCUUCACAGAAGCACAACAGAAUAUAUUGUAUUUGAAUAAACAACGACUCACGGCAUUGGAAGAACUGGAUGAACUGAAGAGGGAAAACACGGCACUGCUUGAUAGGAUAGAGCAAUUGGAGGCCAAAAUGCUGUUGAACACCGAAAAAGAAAUGGAUACACUUUCUAUUAGCUCUGAGUUGCUGCUUAGGAUUGAUUCAAUGGUUCUAAGUGGAAUGAUUGAUAAUGCGGAGGCUUCUGACUUGAGAAGGCUGGUCAUGAAUUCAAGAAUGAGUAUAGCAGCUAAUUUGUUUCAAAACACGCACAAGAAAGAUUCUGAACUUCUGGUGGAAUUGCGCCAUUUUUCCAGCAAAAGUAAAAAGAAGGGUUUCCACAUAGUUCACAUUUCUGCUGAAAUGGCACCAGUGGUCUCUGUGGGAUCUUUGGCAUCUUAUGUUACAGGACUAUCCUGUGCUCUGCAGAGAAAGGGACAUGUGGUCGAGGUCAUUUUGCCCAAGUAUGCAUGCCUAAAUUUAGACGAAGUUCAAGGUCUUCGAGAAGUUGAAGCAGAAGUCUAUUCAUUUUUUAAUGGUCAAUUGCAUAAAAACAGAAUCUGGACUGGGGUUGUCUUUGGCAUUGGAGUUACAUUUAUACAACCAGUCUACUAUUCAGCAUUUUUCAGUCAUGAGAGAGUAUAUGGAUAUGGAAAUGACUUUGAAAGAUUCACCUAUUUUUCUCGUGCAUCGCUGGAUUAUCUAGUGAAAUCAGGAAAGAAGCCCGAUAUUGUUCACAUACACAAUUGGGAAACAUCAAUUGUUGGGCCCCUAUUUUGGGACGUUUUUGUCAAUCAGGGACUCGAAGGUACUAGAAUAUUAUUGACGUGCCAGGGCUUUGAUUCACAGUGUCUUCAACGACCUGAGAAGCUUGCUCUGUGUGGACUUGAUCCUUCAAGACUACAUCGUCCUGAUCGCCUUCAAGAUAAUAACAAGACUCAUAUGGUCAACAUUUUGAAGGGUGGAGUUGUUUACUCCAAUAAAGUGAUAGUGAUUGCAUCCAUGCAAACAAAGGCCCAUCUCAUCACUGAAUUGGGUCAUGGAAUGGAACCCACCUUAGCCAUUCACAAGGACAAGCUGCUGAUUGCUCCUUAUGGAUUUGACAAGUCAGUUUGGGAUCCUUCAGUGGACAAAUUUCUUCCAGAAAGUUACAGUGAAGAAGAUAUGAAAGGGAAAUCUGUAUGCAAAAUUUCAUUGCAGAAGCACCUUGGGUUAACAAAGAAUGCUUCCAUGAUUCUUGUUGGUUGCAUGUUAACAGAAGUUUCAGAUGUUUACCUGGAGAACCUCAAGACUCUUGUUUGGAUGGCUUCCAGAAAGGGAAUUCAGUUUGUCUUCAUGUUGUGUAGCCAAAAUCCAGACUUAAGAAGAGAAGUGGAAUCUUUGCUGUUAGAACUCAAGGAUGGAAAUGUGAAGUUUAUUGAUAAAUAUGACGAACCUUUACUGCAUUUGAUAUUAGCUGGAUGCGACAUUAUUUUGUGCCCAUCUUUCGACGAUCCAGAGCUUCAAGUACCGCUGAAGGCCAUAAAAUAUGGAGCUGGACUUGUUGCAUUAAAUUUUACUGAUGACAAAUUCGGGAAUUUUGCGGAUCAUGAUUUUGGGCGUCCAGAAGUUUCAAAGUACAUCAGAAAUUCCUUUGGAAAUAUGUCAUUAAGCCAAGCAAUCAAUGAAAUCGAGGAGGAUCCAUCUCAGUGGAACAGAAAGAUCACAGAUGCCAUGGCAAAGGAUUUCUCGUGGGAUGCAGAGUGUUGUGAUAUUCAUGUUUCGGCAUAUGCAGCAAUAAAGAAUCUAUGAAGUAAUAGGUCGUUUCUUGACGAACUGUACAUACGCAAGUCCAUGGAGAGAUCGAAGGAGGCUUUCUGUUUUUGUGCAUAUAAACUUUCACGGGCAUGUUGGCAAUUUGUGCUCAUAAACUAAACACUCCUGUCCGUCUCAUUGUUUAUUUUUCAGAUGAUUGCCGCUCCUUAAUUAUUCUGAGAUGUCCGAAAUUUCUCUUUUAUCAGAUGUCCCAAAGAGUGGAAUCUUCCUCUCUGAUUGUUC